AUGAUCAAUGGUUCCAUAUACGACGGGCUGAAGACGACACCGCCGUGUGCUGGCUGUCGUGCAGAAAGAACAAAGGUCCAGGAGGGAGGGAGGCGAUUCAAAGCAAAGAAAAAACAUUGGCAGAUUGCCGGACAGUUACCCGCACAAAAGUCCGAGCUUUAA